GGGAAGAGCAAAUUAUCACAAGAUUAAGAAGAAUAGGACAUACCAGCUCCACCCUUUUGGAUAGUUGUAUAGUUGGCGGUAAUGCAACAUUGCGUAGGCUAUGCCAAUCGCCAAUAAAAUCACAAGAAGAAGAAGAAGAGCAUCAGCACGCAUCCAUUUGCCACGACACAGAAGUGCUGCGAGGCUGUUCGCAGGGCUCUUUGCUACUCAUGUCGGACCUGGAACUGGAGGAGUUUGACUUGGGGGAUUAUGGACGACAAUUUGAUUCACCUGCUAGAUCAGAUGAAGGUCUGCUUACAAUGCUGCCAGUGGUCAACAAAUCACAACGAGUGAUAUUGCGGAGUUGUAACCUUACAGAGAAGAGUUGUGCAGCUCUAUCUUCAGUUCUCAUAUCCAACCACCGGCUGAAUGAGCUGAUUCUGCAUUGGAAUAAUGUGGGAGAUUCAGGAGUGGAGCUUCUUUCUACUGCACUGGAGCAUCCAGACUGCAGACUGGAGGUGCUGAACCUACGCUGUUGUAAUCUCACAGAGAAGAGCUGUUCAUUCCUAGAGUCAGUUCUCAGAUCAAAUCACUCCAGUUUGACACAGCUGGACCUGAGUGAAAAUUCUCUGAGAGAUUCAGCAGUGGAGCUGCUUUCUACUGGACUGGAACAUCCAAACUGUAGACUAGAGAUAAUGCAGCUGCGGAACUGUGGCCUUACAGAUAUCAUCUGUUCAUCUCUAGCAUCAGCUCUCAGAUCAAAACAUUCCACUCUAAAAGAGCUGGACCUGACAUUCAAUGAUGUGGGGGAUUCGGGAAUGGAGCUGCUUUCUACUGGGUUGGACCAUGUCAACUGUAAACUCAAGACCCUAAAGUUGCAGGGAUGCCGGAUCACAGAGAUGGGCUGUUCAUCUUUAGCUUCAGCUCUCAGAUCAAACAACUCCCGUCUGACAGAACUGGACCUGAGCAUAAAUAAUCUUGGUGAUUCAGGAGUAAUGCUGCUUUCCACAGGACUGCAACAUCCAAACUGUAGACUGGAGAUACUUCAGUUGGAGGAAUGUCAUAUCACAGAGAUGGGAUGUUCUUCUCUAGCUUCAGCUCUAACAUCAAACACUUCCAGUCUGAGAGAGCUCAACCUAACUGGAAAUGAUCUGGGAGAUUUAGGAGUUAUACAGCUUUCUACUGGACUAGUGCAUCCAAACUGUAGACUGGAGACAUUGGGUCUACAGCUUUGUAAGAUCACAGAGAACAGCUGUGAACCUCUAGCUUCAGCACUCAGCGCAAACUCUUCCAGUCUUAAAAAGCUGAAGCUGAUUUACAAUUUUGGAAUUGGAGAUUCAGGAGUGGGGCUGCUUUCAAACGGAUUGGAACAUACAAACUGUAGACUGGAAACACUGUGGUUGAAUGGAUGUAAGAUCACAGAGAGAGGCUGUUCAUCUCUGGCUUCUGCUCUCAUGUCAAACAACUCCAAUCUGAAACAGCUGGACCUAAGUGAAAAUAAAGUGGGAGAUUCAGGAGUGGCAAUUCUUUCUACUGGACUGGAACAUCCAAACUGUAGAUUGGAGAUGCUGCGGCUAGAGUUUUGUAACGUUAUGGAGAUGAGCGGUUCAUAUCUAGCUUCAGCUUUCACAUCAAACCAUUUCAGUUUAAGAGAGCUGAAUCUGAAUAAUAAUAAUCUGCGAGAUUUGGGAAUGGAGAGGCUUUCUACUGGACUGCAACAUCCAAAUUGUAGACUUGAGAUACUGCGGCUGUAUGGAUGUGACUUCACAGAAAAGAGCUGUUCUUUUAUAGCCUCAGCUCUCAGAUCAAACUCCUCCAGACUGACAAAGCUGGUUCUGGUUAACAAUUUUCUGGGAGAUUCAGGAGUGAAGCUCCUUUCUAUUGGACUUGAGCAUCCAAACUGUAAACUGGACACACUGAAGCUGCGGUGUUGUUUCCUCACGGAGAAGAGCUGCUCAUCUCUAGCAUCAGCUUUGAGAUCAAACCCUUCCAGUCUUAGACAGCUGGACUUGAGAGCCAAUGGACUUAAUCAGCCAGGAGUGGAGUUGCUUUCUGCUCUUCAGAAAGACCCUACAUAUAAACUGACUAAGCUACAGUAUUAACUGCUGGUCAUCUCCAGUCAUCCAUCCAUCCAUCAGUCUGACUGAAGCAGAGAUGUUGCAGGUGCUGCCCUUUCAGAAACACUCACUACCUUGCACUCAUUCCCACAGCUGCAGCACAUUAUAAUACUGUGUGUGUAUGUGUAUGUGUGUGUGUGUGUGUGUGUGUGUGUGUGUGUGUGUGUGUGUGUGUGUGUGUGUGUGUGUGUGUGUGUGUGUGUGUGUGUGUGUGUGUGUACACACCAAGUUACCAAUUAUUCACUCCUUUUCGCUUGGUCAAUAUUGCUAUCCAAUACUUUUAUGCUACAGUUACCUAUGUAUGUUAUGACAUUGACACAAACAGUUCACUCAUAAUCAUGUAAUGUCUAUAUUUGAUGUUUCAAUAAAAAACACUUCCAUAUUAUAUUAUCUACAUUUACUGAUAAUGAUAUACAAUAGAUGUACACUAGACUCUUUGGUCUGAAAGAGAUGGAAGUCACAUUUUCACUGCUACAUUGUCCAGAGCAAGCUGCAGAGAAGUGUACUCACAUGUUCGAUACAUGGUUUGUCUAUGCAAAUGAGCUAAUUCUCUAUUGAGAAAUAUGCAUGUGUACUGUAAGUUUUGAGUAAAACAAAAAAUGUAUAAAUUUACACAAAAAUGUACACAUUUUUUGCUAGAUGAUUGACGAGUACGUUAAAGAUGUAAAUAAAUUUGAAUCACAACCAAACAACUAUUUUAUACAGUGGUAUUUCUAUUCGAACUCGGAAUUCCUAUUCCAAUUUCACAAUUAUCCAGUCAUUUUAAUUUGGUCAAUAUUGCUAACCAAUGAUUUUAUGUCACCGUUACCUAGUAUGUGAUGAACAGUUACCUAGUAUGCAUAAUCAUGUAGUGUCUGAUAUUUCAGUUGAAUUCUUUUUCAUAAAACAUCACCUAUUACUAUUACUCAUAAUGAUAUAAAAUAAAUGUUGUUAAAGUGAAAGUCAGCAUCAUUGUAAACAUCUUUCCAUGCACUACACAGGUAAUGACUACAUGUUGUACUCCCAUGUGUAACAAGAGAGCACAGGACAGGAUGGAGUGCAUAAUGAGUCAGUCAGUCAGGUCAGUAAGAGCAUCUUUUUGAGGCCUCAGGAGUGAGGUGUCCCCACCGUCCAGCAGUACAAACCAUUGUCUGAGCCAUAUAAAGGUACCAUCCCAGAUUGAUGUCAUAAAAGAGCAUCUUAUUUCAUAGUUAGUGCAGUCACCUGUGUUUCCCCAACACAUGUUUUUGCUGCAUUUAAUGGGAGGGUGUUGUGGUGCACUGCCCUACAUAACCUCUAACGUAUGUUGACUGUUGCCGUUGGGGAUCCAGUAGGUUAGAGUUCUGCCUGAAGUUUAUCCAUGGGGGCCCAGGUUCGAGUCCUGCCUGGAUCUUUUCCACGGAGAUCUUGUAAGUUUGAGUCCUGCCUGGAUCUUAUCCAGGGGUGCAGCAGCAAAUUUUGGCCCUAUGUACAAUCGGCUACAAUGAACCCCUUAUAUACAUGGGGCCCUGGUGACUCAGUCACACAUUACCCCCUUGAACAACACCCCUGAUCUUAUCCACAGGGAUCCAGUAGAUUUGAGUCCUGGAUGGGCCUUCUCCAUGGAGAGCCAGCAUCAUGCCUGGGCCUUGUCUCAUUCCUGAGCAGAUUCAUGUAGAUCAGAGACAAUUUUAGCUUCUGAUCUUUAGGGGGGCCUGGCCCCCGUGGUACCUGACGUGAGCGGCAAGCGUUCCAUUUCUAUUUCAGAUCUGAGAAUUUGUUUUAAAAAGGCUUUUUCAAUUUUAAAUAACAGCUCACUCAAUGAAGGACUACCAACAAGACAUCACAUUUUCCCCACUAAAUCUAUCUUACAUUACCUGAAUAGGUAGGCCUAAUCCUUGUGAUUGGUACUAGGCCUACACCCUACUACACCUGGUAUUACACCCUAUUGGUUGUCAUAGUUAUUUCUAUAUGAUUGAGAGGAAAGAAAGUGAAAGGGUUAACUAAUUUCGAAACCAAAAUAAUCUGCCCAGCAACAUAACGUUGCUGUGUUGCAAACUGCUUGCUGUCUUGCAAGCUUCAAGUCGCUAACAUGAACAUCCUGUUCUUGUGGUGACAGCUAGAUAUCUAACCACAGAGUAGAACAUCCUGCUCUGUUCGCUAACCCAUAGUCUGUACCUCAUCCUGUUUUGCUGGCGUAUGCAAUUAUAUAGACUAUAAUGUGUUAGCUUAGCUAUUGAGGCCGCACCUGUUGCUUGCAUGCACAGGGCAGGUCUGUGUCUGUAUCUGUAAAUAAGAGGCGCUCCCUCUUAUCUGUGUGCAUAAUGGAAUAAACCCUUUUGUUGCUACAACCCUUGUGUUUCUUCCUCUGUGCACCGAGCGCUCUGACUUGCAGGACUUCUCAGGGUAGUACAGGGAAUGGACAGUCUCUUUGGUUGCUCACCGAGGAAUGGUUGUAGACACUCCUCAAGAUUAAACUAUGGUUUACAGAAAGAAAGAGAGAGGAAAAAUAUUAUAGGAAGUCGAAAGUAGGCUAUAUGAAGUAUUAGGCCUAUGGAGAGCAGAUACAAAGCCAGAUGAAAAUGAAGCUUUUUUAAAAGUCUAUUGAAAAAAAUUAUAGUGUUGGGACAGUUCUAAUUUGAACAGGAAGCUUGUUCCAUC